AUGGUUGUAGGACAUAAUGAUUUGCUGUGUGUGGGUAGCUUUGCUGGCUCGGAUCUGGUGUUGCUCUCUUCAGUAUUGAUUGUUGUUGAUGCUUGGCUCUGGUCGAAGGAGGAAUGUCACAACUCCAAAGUGCGGUUGUCUUUCAAUAGAACCACCGCGGCAGAGUCUUUCUUCCUCUCCCCAAAACAUUUUUUGCAGCGGAGUCUUUGGUGUUUUGUUUUUGGAUUUUGGACGUUGAUGUUCUUUGAGAUUGUGUUGAUGUUGUUGUUUGCAUUUUGGUUCGUUGUGGCUGCUUUUGCACUGCAGUCGGAUUGUGGUUCUCUUUUGAGCGGGUUUGGGUUUGAUAUCCGAUUGAGUUUGGGUUGUGGUGCUCAAUGGAUCAAUAUGACUACAAGGCCUCAAUUUGUAUUGUUUGGUUCUUCCAUUGUUCAAUUCAAUCAUUAUGGUGAAGGUUGGGGAGCUACUCUUGCUCACUUGUAUGCUCGAAAGGCAGAUAUAGUUUUGCGGGGAUAUGCUUCUUGGAAUUCAAGGCGCGCUCUUCAAGUUGUGGAUAAUCUUUUUCCUAAGAAUUCCAUUUCUGAGCCACCAGCAUUGGUGAUUGUGUACUUUGGUGGUAAUGAUUCUCUUCUUCCCCAUCCAAGUGGCCUUGGGCCUCAUGUACCAAUUGAGGAAUAUAUUGAAAAUAUGAGGAACAUUGCUAACCAUCUAAAGACACAUUCAGAGAAGACUCGCCUUAUAUUUCUAAGUACUCCUCCUGUCAACGAGGGACAAAUAAUGGGCAACAUCGACGAAUUCGGGAGAGCAAAAAGGUCAAAUGCAACUCGCCGAAUAUAUUCAGAAGCAUGUUUAAAGAUAUGUAAAGAGUUGAAUAUCAAGGCGAUUGAUUUGUGGUCUGCGAUUCAGAAAAGAGAAGAUUGGAAAGAUGUUUGUUUCAUUGAUGGAGUUCAUUUCUCAGCUGAGGGGAGUAAAAUAGUGUCAAAGGAAAUAUUGAGGGUUAUCAAAGAAGAGUGGGAAACAAGUCUAUACUGGAAAACAAUGCCGGUUGAAUUCGGAGAAGAUUCACCGUAUGAUCCGGUUCAUCCUGAUGGAACAUCAACUGUUAAUGUCUCCAAUGUGCCAUUUCCUGAAGAUGAAGACUGGGAGUGGGAGUAAACUUGUGUCCCAAAUUCAAGGAUCAUUAGAGAAAUGCUGUGCCUAAUGAAAUAGACAGUCUUCAAUUUUACAUGUUCAAUAAUAAAUGUGUGAUCAUUUUUUUUUUUAAUUUUUAUAAACAUAAAUGUGUGAUCAUUAUGUCACCAUGGUUUUUCACCAUGUGAAUAGUGAAAUUUGAUUUGGUUUGUGCUUUAAUUGAGGCAA